AUGGAAGAUAGUGUUGUAAUUAAGUGUAAAAAUGCAGCUUGCAACGAUUCGAAUUUUCAUACUGUUAUAAAGUAUAUAAUUCCAAUCAACGUACAAGAUCAUACUGGCACCGUCGGAUCCACUCUUUUUGAUAGGGAAGCAAAAAGAUUGUUGGAUAUAAGUGCACUCAAGUUGAAAAAAAUACAUGAAGAGGCUGGUGACAGUUUGGAACUAUAUCCAAAUCAUAUGAACGUCUUGAAAAACCGCAAAUUUGCGUUUCUUGUAGAUGUUACAUCCUACAAUGUCACCAACUAUAACAAUAUCUAUACCGUUGUCAAACUUACAGAAGAUGAGUCUGUUGUUUUAGAAUUGGAAAGUAAACUAGAACUUAUGAGUGUUCAACCAGUGUCCUUAAAUGAAGUACCCCUGGAAUCAGAUGAGGUCGUUCAAAAUGUUCAAAAGGAUGUCAUAUCACAAACGGAUGAGAAUUUUACUCCCUCAACAAUUGAUAAAUCAUCCGCAACAAGUCCAUUGAAAAUAUCAGGUGAUUUGAAGCGCAACCUCCAUGACAUUUAUGAUGUUGAUGGUCGAGAAGAUGAUGGUGAUGCAAAUUCUAUAAAAUCAAAUACAGAAUCUUUUGGUGAAGAUACUCCAGUUUGGGUGCCAAAAGUGGAGAACUGA